AUGGCUCCUCUUUGGUUCUACUCUUUCAUCAUGCUCUGCAUCGUUUCAAUCUCCGCUCUUCCUCACUCUCUCAAUAUCUCUCAACAGAAACGAUUGCUCCUGCAAUUCAAAACGGCUAUUUCCAACAACAACAGCUCUUCACUGCCAGAUUGGACUCCCCUUCACCCCCUCUGUAAUUGGUCUGCCGUUACCUGCGAUCCCUCUUUCCACUCCGUCGUCGCCCUCAACUUAUCCGACAUGAACUUACACGGAACUAUCUCUCCUCUGCUCGGGAAUCUCUCGUCUCUUCAAUCCCUCGAUCUCUCCAACAAUGCCCUCAUUUCUACCAUUCCACCUCAACUCGCCCAACUCACCCAUCUGCAGCUACUCUGGCUACACCGCAAUCAAUUGCAAGGAACCAUUCCGCCCACUCUCUCCGCUUGCCGCAGUUUGUAUGAUCUGGCACUCUCCUAUAACCACCUGCAUGGCAGCAUUCCGCCUGAGCUGAGUCUCCUUACAAGAUUGAAGUUUCUCUACUUGGGACAAAACAAUCUCACCGGCCCCAUUCCUUCUGAAUUGGGAGCCCUGUCUCAACUACAGAACCUAUCCCUUAGUACGAAUCAGUUGUCAGGUCCAAUUCGCCCUGAAUUGGGCAUGCUCACUCACCUGCAGGAACUUUACCUUUUUACAAGUGACUUAUCAGGCACCAUUCCCAGCUCUUUAGGAAAUCUCUCUUCCUUGACUGGUUUAGCUUUGUAUGAAAACCAUCUCCAAGGCCCCAUUCCCCCUGAAUUGGGCAUGCUCACUCACCUGCAUCUUCUUUAUCUUUAUGCAAAUAACUUAUCAGGCACCAUUCCCAGCUCUUUAGGAAAUCUGUCUUCCUUGACUCGUCUAAUAUUGGCAGAAAAUGAUCUUCAUGGCGCCAUUCCCCCUGAAUUGGGCAUGCUCACUCACCUGCAGAUACUUUACCUUUAUAGAAAUAACUUAUCAGGCACCAUUCCCGGCUCUUUAGCAAAACUCUUGAAAUUGACAGGAUUAGAUGUAUGUGAAAACCAGCUCAGUGGACAUAUUCCACGGGAAAUUGGUACCAAGCUCUCCAAUUUGCAAUAUCUCAGUUUAUGGGGAAAUCAGCUUAGUGGAAAAAUACCAAACUCUCUUGGAAAUUGUUCCAACCUCACAAUACUGUAUUUAAGCGACAACCAGCUCAGUGGAAUGGUGCCAAUGGAGCUGGGUAAGUUGAACCUUCUUACCCGGCUUAAGUUACAUGUCAAUCAACUUGUUAGUGAUAGCAGCAACACAUUGUCUUUUCUAACUUCUCUCACAAAUUGCUCCCAAUUGCAAGAAAUAGAAGUGUCGGAUAAUCAUCUCACUGGUAUAUUGCCCCCAUCCAUGGGCCAACUGUCUUCCAAUAUCCAAUUCUUGAAAUUAUCAAACAACAUGAUAAACGGAAGCAUACCACAACAGAUUGCCAAUCUAACAAACUUAACAUACUUGAGCUUAAGCGAUAAUCUUUUGAGUGGCAAUAUUCCAUCUGGAAUUAAAAGAUUCCAGAAGUUGGAAAGAUUGUAUUUGGGUGGGAACAAAUUAGAAGGAAGCAUUCCAAGUGAGAUAGGUCAAAUGCAACAUCUCGGACUCCUAAAUCUUAGUCACAACGGGCUAUCUGGAAAAAUGUCUGAUUCUCUUUGUAGCACACAACAGCUAAGACGUCUUUUACUUCAGCACAACAACUUGUCAGGGGAGAUCCCUGUUGUUUUAGCAGGAUGUCAAAAUUUAGAGCUCAUUGACUUAUCUUACAAUAAAUUAGGUGGAAGGAUACCUCCUGAUUCCAUUGCCAGCCUUAAAAAUCUGGUUUUCUACCUCAACCUUUCGUGGAAUUCUCUGGAAGGGUAUUUGCCACUAGAGAUGAGUAAAAUUGCAAUGGCUCAAGACAUAGACAUCUCUGGAAAUCGGCUUACUGGGCUGAUUCCGAUUUCUCUUGGAGACUGCACAGCAUUAGAGCAUCUAAAUCUUUCCCACAAUGCCUUUGAAGGUCCAAUUACAAGUUUUCAAGCUUCAAACGACCAAUCCAACUGCUAUACAGUUAGACGUCAAGGAUAUGUUCUAAACAGUUGA